GAUUAAAAUUAACUUGGCAAUAAUAGAAUUUUGGAAAAUAAAAUAAAAUUAGAAUGUUGUUUAAAAUUUUAUUAAGAUUUUAUUGUUUUGUUGCAAUUACUGUGCAAGGGAUAAGAAUUGGUCCCAUUAUUAAAGAUGCAUUAAGAAGAGAUGUUGAUGGUGAAGAUUAUAAAAACAAUAUCAGCUAUCGGGAUGGCUAUAAAAUUGAAGACCAUGAUGUCACCACCAAAGAUGGAUAUAUUUUACGUUUAAAUAGAAUCUCAAUAAAUGUUACGGAGAAUGAAGGCAAAAAUAAAUUACCACCUGUUUAUUUAUUUCAUGGUUUAUUGGGAAACUCAGAAAAUUGGUUAGUUUCUGGCCCUGGACGUGCUUUAGCAUAUUUAUUAUAUGAUGCAGGUUAUGAUGUUUGGCUUGGCAAUGCAAGAGGUACGACAUAUUCAAGACGUCAUCGAUACUUAAAACCAAAUCAACAUGAAUUUUGGGAUUUUACAUGGCAUGAAAUUGGAAUUUAUGAUAAUCCAGCUAAUAUUGAUUAUAUAUUAAAAAAGACAGGAAAACGGCAAAUACAUUAUAUUGGUCAUUCCCAAGGAACAACCACAUUUUUUGUAUUAACAUCUUUACUACCUGAAUAUAAUGACAAGAUUAAAACGAUGCAUGCUUUGGCACCAGUGACAUUUAUGAAAUACACGACAAGUGUUUAUUUUACAUUACCAGCUUUGUAUAUUCCAACAAUUUAUCGUUUUACGACAGCAUUUGGUUUUGAGGAAUAUUUUCCUAAUUCUCUGUUAUUUACAAGUUUACAAAACUUUUGCAGAUCAGAAGAUCCAGAUUCAAAUCUUUGUUACAAAUUAUUAUCGAUUGGAGGUGGAGAGAAUCCAAAACAAAUUGAUACUGAAAUACUUUAUAAACUUUAUAAAUACGCUCCAGCUGGCGCUUCUAUAUAUCAAACCUUACAUUAUUCUCAGUUAUAUUUGAAUGGGGAAUUUCAAUCAUUUGAUUAUGGAGAAGAAGGCAAUUUGAAACGUUAUAAACAAAAAACUCCAAUUAAAUAUCCAUUAGAGAAAGUAACAGCAACCCCAAUUAACCUUUAUGUUAGUGGCAAUGAUCCAAUUUCCAGCCUUAAAGAUGUUAAAACAUUAAUAUCAAAAUUACCAAUAAAACCAAAUUAUAUUGAAAUAGCUGACAAAGAAUGGAAUCAUUUUGAUUAUAUCAUUGGAAAACAAGCCAAAGAACUGCUUUAUGAUACGAUUCUACAAAGUAUUAUAAGUUCUGAUAGUUAGCCAUAAUUUAUUAAUUUAUAAAUUUAAAGAACGAUCAUAUCUUAUAAAAUAUUUAGUUUUAUUAAUUAUAAGUAAAAUUUUAAAUAUAUUUUUAAGAAUAAUUAUAAACGGUGAUAAUAGCAUAAAAAUUUUUUGAGCAAUAUAAUAGAAAGUAAUUAAUUUUAAGUAGGAAAAUUUUUAUCUUGCCAUGUUUGGAGCGUAAUGGAAAGUUAUUUAAUUUUAAAUUUCAAACAUACUCAAACUUUGUUUAUGUUAUUUGUACUCAGAUAUCUAUAUUUUUAGCCAAAGUGUAUGCAAAUUUUAGUUAUAAAUAAUAUUUUUAUAUUUACUUUGUAUAUUCGAACUCGAAACUUAAAAACUAUGAAUAACAAAAUCACUAUAUAAAAAAACCAAAAGAAUCUAAUAAGUUGUGCUCUGCAAUUAUUAAACAACUCUUAGUUCGAAUCAUUUAUUCGUACGGGUACUACAGAGUUGACUCGGCAAUAUCUACUUAUUCUCAAUACCUUAAAUAAAAAUGUGAGAAAUUUUCUGCCUUAAACUUGAUUAUUUAAUUUUGUAAAGUACUGAAAAAAUAGCAAUAAAUAAGGGUUAGUCAUUUGAUAAUCGAUUUUCGUACCUAAAAUUUUAAUUUUUUCUAAAGAAAAUAAAAAAUAUAAUUAUAAAACACAAUAAAACUCAAUAUUAAUUACAAUUAAAUAUAUAAUAAUUUAAUAAUUCAAAUUUUGUUUUUUUUAGGUUUCUAUUUGUUUCUGAUUUUGGCUUUGUUUUUUUUUCUAUUUUCUUAAUUUCUUAUAAAUCAUACGUACACAUAAUAAACGCCUAAAUUAUUUAAUAAAAUACUAAACGAUAAUUAAUUUUAAAUAUUUAAAAAGUAAUUUUUAAUUACAAAUUUUUGCUUUCUGUUUUUUUAUUCUUAAUUCUAUAAUCUAUAAAAUUUAUACAAUUUAAAAUAUUCAAUUUUAUUCAUUUAUUUUAUUGUCUAUAGUUUUAUUAUUUUUGCUUAUUUCAUAUACAACAUACAAUAUACAAAAUAUAAUUGAUACUCAUUUAAUAUAAUAAAUCCUGAUCUUAUAAAAUGAAGAUAAUGUCUUUUAAAAUUAUAUUUAUAAAUUAUAAAAU